AUGGAUGCUACUGCGACGGCUAACAAGAAUUUCAGACUUACUGACUCAGUUUACGAAGUGAACUUUGACGACAAUCAGCUCGAAGGUAACAUCAGCAUUGAGAUCAUUAACGAUGACGUCUACGAGGCAAACGAGUACUUCUACCUCGAGAUUUCUAGUGUGACCUCUCCUGCCUCAAUUGGUGCAAAUCAACUCGUGGUUGUCUUCAUUGCGGACGAUGGGGACGCAGGACAGUUUAACUUCGCAGUUCCGUACAUCUUCUGCCGGGAAGACAGUGGCAAUGCGGUUGUGUCAAUUGAACGGAGCGUUGGCUUUUCGUCUGCUUCUUACGUCCCUGUCACCCUCGUCGUCUCGACAGUAACCGCGGACGGCAACGCCACGAGUGGAGGCAGUAAAGCGUUUGAUUACUUGGGCGUCUCUCAACCGCUCACUUGGGCGACAGAUGAAGUGAGCAAAACGUUUGCAGUGAAGAUCUUCAACAACAACAAGUAUCAGCCUCAGUCAAGAUCGAUCAAAGUUCACUUGGAUUCAGUCGAAGGUGGCGCCAGCAUUGGGGAUAUGUCGGAUAUGUGGAUUUAUAUCAUCGAUGAUCGCGACGCAGGAACUCUGUCGUUUUCUUUGUCGCAUUACGAGGUUAUGGAGAACGGUGGGAAAGUGACGGUGAAUAUCACACGUUCGGGUAUUCCCGAUUCUACCAACGUGAAUACAUAUACCGAUGGUGCAGCAGGGGUUGACAUUUCAACGUACGGCGGCACAAUUGUGCCGGGUAAAUCCAAGUACGAUCUGGGCUACGAUUAUGAUGUAGUUGAGGCUCGAGGCUGUACGCACAUUAGUCCAUGUACUGCAGAAGAAUCGGUUGCAUAUACAUCCGUUCAAACAACAAGGCUCAAUUUCGUAGACAAGGAGGCGUGGAAAACAAUCGACAUCGUUAUUCUAGACAACGAUCUCUUUCAAGCGCCAGACCAAGUUUUUAAGGUAGUUCUUGCAAAUGUGGACGGUGGUGCUCAUAUAGGCGUUGACUACGAACAUCCUGUCGAGUGGAGCUGGUAUCACGACGAAUUCAUGGCCUUGGAGACGCACGCAGAUGAAUUGCUGGACAAUGUCGGCACGAUUGUGACAAUUCACGACGACGGUGAUCCUGCUGUGGUUGUAUCGAAAGCGAGCCUUUCGGUAUCUGAAAUCGGACAGAUCGAUGCUUUUGAUGUUCGCCUGAACUCGAAGCCAACGUCUGAUGUCACUGUUGAACUGAGUGUUAGCGCGUCGGAGUUGGAGAUUUCUUUACCCUCUCUGACCUUUUCACCACUGAAUUGGGACCAGAACCAAACGGUCAGCGUCGAAGCCGUCCCUGACGAUAUCGCUGAUGGUAUUCACAGUAGCUUAAUUUCCAUCUCGGUCUCCAGUAGCGAUGCGUCGUAUAACUCCCCUUUGAAGACAGUGGCAGGUUCUGCUGGAUAUACACUUGCGCUUGGAAUAUACACACAAAAAUGGGGAAUAUACGAUACAGGAAAUGUCGAGCAUGCCUUUCCAUGGGAGGAUAAAGAUGGUGUGUUGACGUCUCCUACGCAGCAAUCAGCGAUUAAGGUGUUUAUUCUUGACGAUGAUCAGCCGACUGUCAAAAUUGUUCCUGAGGUCGUUCGUUAUCAGCUAGCUGGUAGCAAGCCGCUAGGCUUUGUGUGCGUUCGAGAGGGUGGCCACAAUGCAUCUGUUGAAGUUGUAUUGUUGAGUGAGCCUCGCGCUAAUGUCGAUAUUUCCUUCGUGGUUGAUGGAGCUUCCAAUCUACUGGUUGAUCCCGACGUGAUUCACGUCACGCCUGCUAUGUGGAAGGACAGUCAGUACAUUGUUGUAUCGGCUGUCGUCGCUUCAAGGCCUCAGGUUUCCAGCGAGGUGGAUUACUCGAAACUUGUAGUUUAUUCUGCGAGUACUGGCGAUGCCAUGUACGAUCAAGGAAACCAGCCGGUUGCAACACUAUCCGUGCAGCGAUUUCCUCCUGCCGUUGUCUUAUUGGAUUCGACACGGGCUUCUACCAAAGAGAAUGGUGGCGAUGAUGCAGUUGUGGAAUAUGACGUAAAGCUGGGAAGUGAACCCAUGCACUGGCAGCCAGAAGAAGGCAAAUAUGAACCAUUUGAACUUUUACUUUACCCAACCGCGGACACUACUCUUCUUUUCUCACCCGACUUUCAAGGGCCUCUUGCAGCUUCUGCAUCGCUCGUUGCAGCGAGCAAUUCCUCCCAGAGCACAGCCACAGAAACGAUAAAAUCUGUAGCUGUGGUUCGCUUUGACACCCAUCCGAUUAUUCAAACGGAAACCGGUAGCGCCCAGGUUGGCUUGGCGAUUUUACGAUUGUAUCGCUUGUCAGGCGGAGAAAAUGGUGGCCUUGGUGGAGUGGUAGCGGGCGUUACUGCUGCUAAUGUGGAGACAUCGGACAGUUGGAGCGAAGCAUUGCUUGAAACGCAGUGCGCAGAGAAUAAUGUUGGGCUUGUUCCAACAUGCUUGUUAGCUGAAAACGGAUCGGUGGUGUCGUCGCUUUUCCCGACAACAUUUGAGGAUGUUAGCGUACAGACCGACGGGGAAACGCUUGUCAACCAGAGUCGAGAAGUCGACUCGGAUACCAACAAAUUCAUGCCGUCAUCCGGAUGGAUCGAAAUUGAUGUCACCGCAGCAGUGAAUCGAGUGUUGUCGCAACAACGAGUCACACCCUCGGAUUCUCACAGCAUAUCUUUCCUCGUGUAUUCGCGCUCAGUAUCUACUUUCUUGUACGACGGCGUGGACGAAAUCACGUUCGCAUCCAGAGAGUAUAGUGACUCAGACUUACAUCCUCAGCUUCGAAUUCUUGCUUCUGGUAGUGUCAAUCUCGCUUUGUCUGGUACAGCCUCCCAGAGCCAACAAGGCAACGCGGACGCUGCUAUUGAUGGUGAAGCAAUAUCGAACUCGGGAGUCGCCACUUCUUACGCAAUGUCUCGUAACAUUGACGCUUACCCGUGGUGGCAAAUUGAUCUGAAAACUAUCCGACGCAUCGAGGAUAUCGUAAUUACAAUCAAGAAAAGGGUACCAGCGGCAGACUUGGACGAUGAACAACUCACAACAGUAUUCUGGGUCUUCUUGUCCGACAACCCCUUUCCUGAGUCUAACAAUGAGACCGAGGAUUUUAUGUCGACCAAGGAUAGUGCGCUGUACUCGCGCCAGUUUAAGAUUUUGUCACGGUCUUUCGACGCACCUGAAGCGGAGACAAUCACGUAUCGGUGGCGAGUGAAUGGAGAAGCUAAUGGUUACUUUGGAGAAGACCGAUUUGUUGCCAAUUACACGACUUCCACAGAAGCGCGAUACUUGCGGCUGCAAGUAGAAGGAGAAAACAGCAUUCUUCUGAAUGAAGUCGAGAUAUACCAACAAGCUUUUGCAAGCACGAGGUUGUCCGUUGGAGGAUACAUGCCCAGCGUAGCGUCUGCUCAUGUCAAGCAAAGUCAAAUCGAAUUUAGGCUUCCUUCCAUGCAAGGCGCAGAUCCGUCACCAUGUGAUAACACAACUUUAAUUUGCCGCCAUGAGCUUUUAUUCACGUCUGGAACUUGGAAAACCGCUCGGCAGGUACAAGUGAAAGCUGUUGACGAUAAUGUUGUUAUCGGUGAUCGUGAAGUGAUGAUAACCCACACAGCUGAAUCUCUCGAUUCCGACUAUGCUGGCGACUCGUUUUGCAAAGACUCCUGCAACGGGCAGUUAUUCAACGAUUCUAGUGUCAAAAAGCUCCUUAUACUGGAGGAUGAUGAGAACAAAGUCCUUCUGUCCAAGUCAGAAUUUAUCGUGAUCGAAGGAAGCAGCGCUUACCCGAAUGCAACUCCAUUCUAUAAACUGUCGGAGCUUCAGGCACGGUAUCUCCGCUGUAGUAGCGAUCCUGCUCUCGUAAUUGACCUUCAGACAACAUCCAGUACGGCUUGUGCAACCGCUUUCACUGAGUCAUCAGGUACACCCUGGGAAACUUGCAUCUCAAACAGCAGUGCUUUGCCUUUAGAGGCUGGCAGUGCCUGGGUAAUGGCUGGUUUUGAGUCAGCAACAAACCUCUCCACUAUGGCGCUGGUAAUUCCAGCGCUGACAGGAUCGAAAUACAUUCGCCAGGUCACGCUGUGGGGGAGCUCUGAGAAUGCAAUAACUAGCGCAUCGGAUGAAAUACUGGACAUUACCGAGGGCUGGAGUGAAAUGGCAACAGCGCAAGUGUCGAUGAAAUCUGGCGGUCCUCAAACCAUCACUAUGAAUGGUCUCUCAAGUUUUCCAGUGCGAAGUGUUUUGAUCGUGUUCGACAAAUCAUACGAUGCCAACAAGGGUUGUCUUCUUGCACCUUGGGUCGCCAUGACUGGGUAUAAGCCCGUCCCGUUUCCUUUGUCUGUCCGAGGUGAUCUCAAUAAUCCUGACAGCGUACCGCCCGAGGUUAGCCAUCUGUCACGAAUGCACUUGUAUGGAAUACCCGACAGCGUGAAAAUACGUUUAUCAAGUGAGCCUCUAGCUGAUACACUUGUAUCCAUACUCGCGGAGGUUGUCAGUGCUGAUGUUACGACAUUCGAUGCUACAAAUGCGUCGAGCGCCUCGGAGUCACUGUCAGAUCUGAUUGGGGCCAAAUAUGAAUCCGGGGACACCAAGAAGUUCCGAAUGCCGACGAAACUGCGCUUUAAUGCAGAAAACUGGAAUACCAGUCAGGAACUGACAUUUAUGGCGGUUGACGAUAACACCUACCUCGGGAAUCGAACGCUUGUGAUGCACAUUAGCUCGUGGUCAACGGAUACCGAAGGUCUCGUGGUUCCAUCUCAAUCUAUCGGUGAUACCGCAGUCCUACGUUCUACCGUGCAACUUUCGACGUCCCUUUCGUACUCGAAUGCAGAAUUUAUAGUCCGUGAUCACCAAGAGACCGUGUGGCCUUUUCAUAUCGCAACAAAAUGGCAAUCUACGUCUGGAUCGAUCCAAGUCACUGUGGUGGAUGACGAUCUCCCGGGUGUUACCAUAUCAGCAAGUGAAGUUGCUGUUUCGGAAAGCAGCUCCAAAGCGAAUUUCUCCGUCUCACUUGACUCCGCUCCACUUCAAGACGUCGCCAUUACGAUAUCGUACGAGAAAGACCCAACGUUAUUCUCUGCGUCGCCACUGGAACUGACUUUCACCCGAUUGAAUUGGUACCAGCCUCAAUGGGUCGGUAUUUAUCCUGUUGCAAACGAGGUCAAUGAUGCGGCAUUUCCGUUCACUCUGAAUUAUGAGAGGCUUAUCCCCAAAGCAAAGCAACCGAUAAUGGUCCUUACGGUAGCCAGUACGGAUGAAAGCUACGACGGCUUGAAAGUUGGUACGAACGAGGACGGAUCCUCCAUAGCGUAUGCAGUAAACCAGGGCACUCGCAUUGUUAUUCAGGAUGACGAUACCGGAUGUGACAAGGAGUACGAUUGUGUGAAUGGCGGUGAGUGCCUGAAGAGCUCGUCCGGUAAUGUUUGCUGGUGCCCUCCAACGUUUGGAAUGAAGAACUGCUCUUUGGUAUGCGAACGAGAAAGCGAGUGCGCAUUUGACAGAAUUCUGUUGAACAUAAGAUGUUAUGAAGGCGAAGGGCAAGCAGCAUGUGGCUCCACUUUUUCCGCUAAGACCCUGACAUCGGUGCUCUAUCGGAUGCUCACAGCAAAGGCUUUCACCGGUUUAGAUGGGGUGGUCUAUCCCAAACUGUCGCUUGAUUCCGUCUCGGAGGCCAUGUAUAUCGUCAACAACACGCGAGUGCCAUGCGUUGACGGGUCGGAAGGGUGCACUUCGGUGUCUAUUGACUUCAUGAGACCCGACCUAGACGAUACUUCCAUCACGAAGAAACUGUUUGCGUACCAGGAGGCAGGAUCGCUCAAGGUAUCUCCCAUGUACAUCGAGUUACUGACUUCAGACCCGCAGUACGUGAAAAGUAGCAGUGCGACGAUCGGAAUGUGGAUUUUCGUAGGGUUCUGCGGAGCUGCGUUGACCGGUGCAGGCGGCUUGUUCGCGGCUCGAGCCAUUCAUGCCAAGACUAGUCACGUGAUACCCGAUAAUGAUUUUGCUGGCGAGGAAACUGAACUAUUAGCGGUUGGAGCCACAUCCCCGAGGGGAGGCGAAAUGCUGCCAUCUCCAAUCAGUACAUAA